AUGUUGACUGCAUUACUCAUUCCUUCGAAAUUUAUUGAUAAUCCAUCUCUUAUUCCAGUUUUCAAACAAAUUAAACUGAUCGAAACAAUAUUAGAAGACGUUUACUUUCCUUCAAGCUUUGCAUCCAAACUUGUUGAACGUUUUCCAUCACUUAUACAUAUUGAACUUCAAGUAAUUUCGUUCAACAAUUGCGUGUCUAUUAUUGAUACAUUUCUUAGUCACUUGAAAAAUCUAUCAUAUCUAAAAAUUGAUUAUUUUGAAGAUUCAUCACUCGAUGAUCCUUUUUCAUGUGAGGAUAUUAUUGAAAAACGUCGUCAAGCAUAUCCCAUGAAUAUUAUUAAUGAACAACUCAUUAAUGUCAAAAACAAUGGAGAAGUUAUAGAAAUUUUGUUAACAUGA